UUGUCAAUAAUUUCGUACAUAUAAAAUCGGGUCACGAGUCGCUUUCCCAACACUUAAGAUUAAUAAGCAUCAUCUGACAAGAUAAUUUCAAUUUAAUAAAUGUUAAAACCUUGACUCAAAAUAUUUUACUAAUUAAUCAGCUCUUAACGUGUAAAGAGGACAAAAUAAUUAUUAAUUUUAGUAAAGGAAGAAAUAAAAACUAUUUAAUAAUAAAAUGGAUGAGUUUUGUGGAUCACUUUUUUGGGAUCGAAACCUCACCUGGGACACGACCGACCCCUAUUUCACACCUUGCUUCGAAAACACUGUUCUCACCUGGCUCCCUGCAGCCUUCCUCGUUUCAUUUGCCUUCUUCGAUAUAAACUUCUCCUUAAAUUCCAGGAAAAGGGAGGGCCUGCCCUGGAACCCGAUUAACAUUGGGAGAUCCUUAUUAAGCAUAGGUCUCCUCGUGGUGGGGGUGGUUCACUUAAUUUUAUUACAACAAUAUGAGGAAACGAGUAAAGUUGAAAAUGUGGCUGUGAUUGUGAGAUUAGUUUCUUAUAUUUUAGCACUAUUUCUCUUAAUUUUGGGCAAAUUGAAAGGGAUUCGGGCAUCCGGGACUCAGUUCCUAUUUUGGUUAUUAGUAACACUUACUGAGGGGAUUUUAUUUAGAACGGCAAUAAGAAAAUAUGAUGAUACCGUGGAAGAGUCAAUGCAACGUCACGUAUUCCUCAUGCGGUUUGUUAUCUUCCCAUUGUGUGCGGGACAGCUGAUCCUCCACUGGUUUGCCGACAGAGAUAAGGCCACUUGUUGAGUUGGGAAAAAGAGUCGCAUGCCGUUUGAAACGCCAUGCCCUGAAAAAGAAUCAUCUUUCAUUUCUAAAAUAACUUAUUCUUGGUUCGAUUCGAUCGCCUGGACGGGAUACAAAAGACCUUUGAACUUUGAAGAUUUGUGGGAUUUGAACAAAGAUGACAGAGCGGAUGAGCAAGUUCCAAUUUUUAUGAAGUAUUGGGAUGCUGCUGUUGAAAGAGCAAAGGCAAACAGCGCCAAAACUGGAAAAGCAAUACAAGUCUCAAUUGUCUCAAUCUUGUUCAAAUGUUACUGGAAAACGUUAUGCGUGGCAGGACUCAUGAAACUCUUACAAGACUUGUUACCCUUCAUCUCACCCGAAUUAAUGAAAUUUCUUGUCGCCCACGUCGCCCCUCAAAGCACCGAAGAAUCCUGGAAAGGCUACCUCUACUCCGGCCUUCUCAUCUUGUGCUCCAUCCUGCAAACGAUUUUCGGCGUGCAACACAUGAAACGCAUGAUGCUUCUGGGCAUGCGCAUCCGUACCGUGCUAUCGUCCGCCAUCUACCGGAAAUCUCUAAUCAUAACUUCCGCCUCUAAAAGGGAUACCACCGCCGGUGAAAUUGUUAACUUAAUGAGUGUCAACACCCAGCGACUGCUAGACUUGGCGGGCUUCUUCUUCAUGGCGCUGACCGCGCCGAUUCAAAUUGGGUUAUCAAUUUACUUCCUUUACAACACGUUGGGCGCGUCAGUAUUCGCCGGUUUGGCGGUAAUGAUCCUGCUAAUUCCGUACACGGGAUUUACUCAAUCCCGCGUGAGAAACUUGCAAAUGAAACAAAUGCUCAUUAAGGAUCAAAGGGUUAAACUAAUUAACGAAAUUUUGGCUGGUAUGAAAGUGUUAAAACUUUACGGGUGGGAGCAGUCUUAUGCGGAUCAAAUAACGAAGUUGCGGGAUCGCGAAAUGAUGCUGUUGAGGCGCGCGGCGCUGUACGGAACGAGUACGAUGUUCUCCUUUACGUGCGCCCCGUUUUUAGUUUCGCUUUCAACUUUCGCGGUUUACGUGUUGACGGAUGAAACGCAUAAUUUGAAUGCGGAGAAAACGUUUGUUUCGCUAAGUUUGUUUAAUAUUUUGCGCAUGCCGAUGACCAUGUUGCCAGCGGUGAUUGCGAUCAUGAUUCAAGCGAUGGUUAGUGUGGAGAGGAUUAAUCGGUUUUUGAAUGCAGAGGAGCUUGAGAAGAAUUCUGUGAUGAAGGAGAAGAAUGACGUUGAACCAGUUGUGAUUAAAGAUGCCUCAUUUUCAUGGACCGAUGAAAGUGUGACUUUGGCCGAUAUCAAUUUUAGCGUUAAGAAAGGAUCGUUGACGGCUGUCGUUGGAACGGUGGGCUCUGGAAAAACGUCUUUGCUCUCAGCCCUUCUUGGAGAUUUAAAGAAACACAAGGGAACAGUAAAUAUUGACGGCUCAAUUUCCUACGUAGCACAAACGGCUUGGAUUCAAAACGCAAGUUUAAGAGAAAACGUCCUUUUCAAAGAUGGUUUCCAAGAGGGGAAAUAUAAAAGUGUGAUUGACGCCUGUGCCCUGGGUCCUGAUCUAGAAUUAUUGGAAAAUGGAGACCAAACUGAGAUUGGGGAGAAGGGAAUUAAUUUAAGUGGUGGCCAAAAACAACGCGUUUCCCUUGCCCGGGCAGCCUAUAAAGAGAGCGACAUCUAUCUCUGGGAUGAUCCCCUUUCCGCGGUCGAUGCUCACGUGGGAAAACACAUCUUCGACAAACUCAUCGGACCACAAGGCCUCCUUAGCUCGAAAACUCGAAUCCUUGUAACUCACUAGGUCUCCUUCCUCCCAAAAGUGGACAACAUCGUCGUCCUAAAAGAUGGCAGGGUCAGCGAAUCCGGAACAUUUCAACAACUCCUAAAAAAUCGCGGAAGUUUCGCCGAAUUCCUAGCGCAACACUUGGACAUCGGUGAAGGGGAAGAAAUUGACGAAAGUUUUGUCGAAGAAAUCGGAGAAAUCGUUGGCAUGGAAACAUUACGACGAAACAGUUCGAAGGUCGACGCCCUAAAAAGAAGAUCCACCCAGGAAAGUAUUCGAAGUAGAAAGAAAGGAAAUUUAGUAAAAUUGGAGGAUGAAAAACCGAAAUUGAUCCAGGCUGAAAUCACGGCCGAGGGGAAUAUUCAGGGCGGGAUAAUUUUUGAAUAUUUCAAACAAGGCGGGUUCCUAAUCUUCAUGGUAGGGAUUAUGUUCAGUAUCACGUCCAACGCAGCGUCGACGUAUGCCAACAUCUGGUUGUCGCAAUGGUCGAAGCAAGCCACGAUCGAUGAAAUGGAGAGAAAUGGAACGAACGAUAGAGAAACGACGGACAAAUAUUUAGGCGUGUAUGGGGGCCUACGAGCCGCGCAAGCGGUUACGGUUCUCUUUGGAGCGGCAAGUAUCGCCAUGGCAACGUUGAAUGCGGCGGAGAAGCUGCAUUUUGGGAUGUUGAGAAAGGUUGUACGAGCACCGAUGUGGUUCUUUGAUACCACGCCGUUGGGCAGAUUGAUAAAUAAGUUUAGUAAACAUGUGGACACGGUGGAUAUCGUUUUACCCCAGAACUUGAGAGGGGGAAGUACGAUUUUGUUUAAUACGCUGAGUGCGAUUGUGAGUAUUGCGUACAGCACGCCGUUGUUUUUGACGUUUAUUGCGCCGGUUGCGAUCUUCUAUUUUUUUCUACAGAGAUUUUACGUUGCCACAUCUCGCCAACUCAAACGAAUGGAAUCCGUUUCAAGAUCUCCAAUUUAUUCCAUUCCGUUUUUACGUACAUACAUACGUAAAAACAUACAUACACACAUACAUACAUAUAUUUACAUAUUUACAUAUUUAUACGAUAAAUAUUAAUACAAAUUUUGUAAAAAAUUAUGGAAAAUGCUCAAAUAACAUACCAUAAAGUGUAUGCAAAUAAUUUUUGAUA